GAUUAUUGGAAUCGGGACUGAUAGAAACAUGCUCAACAUCAGCGCAAAAGACAAAGGGCUGUAUCGCGACCGAUUGUGCCCAGACGCCAAGAGACGGUACUUAGAAAAAAUUGCGUGCAUCGGCAAUGUGGACCCAUAUGAAAUAAGGAAGUGGAGUGGAAAUCCAGACGACCUACCACCUUUGUCCUAUCCGGAUAUCUUCGCAUACCUUGUCUGUGGAGUCAGCGCAUACACAGCGAACCAAUUUAAGAAUUAUAAAUCCCUGGAGGCCCACAUCCAAUUCACGAACAGCUGGGUGCACGAUUUGUCCGUUUAUAAGCCUCCACGCAGCGAGUACGUUGUCGUUAAGACAAAGGUACUGCACUCACAACGAAUGAAUGAAACUGCAUUACAGCCAUGGGUCAUUGUGAGCACCAAUGGGAGGGUCGAAGCUGCUCACUGCACAUGUAUGGCCGGAGUUGCAGAGACCUGCACCCAUGUAGCUGCUCUUUUGUUUAAAGUCGAGGCUACAGUGCGUAUCAGAGGCACCAGAACUGUAACAGACGAGCCAGCAUAUUGGGUGUUGCCCGGAAAUAUGACCAGGAUACAGCCCGAGGUUGCACAUAGUAUUGACUUCUCCUCAGCAGCUGCCCAAAAACGUGAGCUUGAUGAAAUCAUAAACACACCCUCUGCAUCGAGAGGCAAAAGGAGGCGAUCGCAAAAAAGGCACAUUCCUAUUGCAACGCUGGAGGAUUUGCCACCAUUACUGGAUACGCUGCAGAAGCACAGCAAAGCAGUGACUUUGUGUGGAGUUGAAAACUAUUACACCAACUACACUACACAGUCACCCACAUUACCCCAAUCCCUGGCGUGUUUACACAACAGAGACGCUGAGUCCCUUGGCCUUCCCGAUCUUCAGGUGCACUGUCUAAAGUUUCUUACGGCAGCAGGUGUUACAGAGGCGCAGGCAGAAGAGAUUGAAGCACAGACUAGAUCGCAGCACAUGACCCCUGCAUGGUUUCGCUGGCGUGCAGGGAGAAUCACAGCUUCGGCUAUGCAUGCUGUUUUGGCUACAAGUUUGGACACUCCAGCCCAUAGUGUUGUGAAUCGUGUGUGUUACCCAGAAAAGACCUUUUCUACUGUGCAAACAAGGUGGGGUGUCGAGCAUGAAGAGGAUGCAAGAAAGGCCUACAAAGAGAUAAUGGCAUCGCAUCACCGCAAUCUGCAGGUGCGUUUAUGUGGUUUCUGUGUGAACAAUUUUCCGGAAGUAGGAGCAUCUCCAGACGGACUGACAAUAUGUGACUGUUGUGGUAAGGGGUGCCUGGAGAUAAAGUGUCCUUUUAAACAACGAAUGGCCAGCAUUAAGGAGGCUUUGGCUGCACAGGACAAAGACUUUUGCUUGGAGGUAGCUGCUAAUGGUCUUCAGUUGAAGCAGGCGCACCCAUACUACUGUCAGGUACAAACACAAAUUUUUGUUACGGGCGCCAACCACUGUGACCUCGUUGUGUGGACACAGAGAGACCUGGCUGUGAUUCGCAUCUUCCCUGCUGUGGAUUUCUGGAAACCGCGCUUAAAGCAAGCACAGGACUUCUUCCUUAAAGUGUGCCUUCCUGAACUUGUUGGGAAAUACUUCUCGAAACAACGUGCUGCUCUAAGUAGCCUGUAAUGUUUCAUGUUGUGGUUCAAGAUAGA